GAAAAAGUAUUAUUUCUUCUCCUCGUAUACUUGAUUAGUCAUCGUAUUCGUUCCCUUUCCCUCGUCCUCCAAUCAAAUCGUUUGUUUGGGGGAUGGCUUGCCUUUCCAACCAAUUAAGGGCACAUUCAAGGCGGAGCAUAGUGAAAAUCUAAACGAAUCAACAGUGUCAUUUUCUUUCAAACAACCCUCCUAUGUUCUGACGUCGCGGGAAAAAUGUAACCGCUUUGAUUGGCUGUGAGAUCUGCCAACCAAGCUUACUGGCUCGCUGUGGGCUGUGUUCCGGGAUUACCCUUGUGUGCGCCUCCUUUCUCUCCCGCGCGCCUUUAGGGGUCGCGCGCGCGCUUUCGACUUUCCCUUUUUUUUUCUUUCUUUUUUUUUUUUUCCAAUACCGGUCGCGAGGAGGAGGAGGAUGUGGCGCGCGGAGGGGAAAUGGCUGCCGAAAACAAGCCGGAAGGUAAAGAGAGCGGAAGGUUCGGUUCCAGUUGUGUGUGUUUGUGAGGGGUGGAUUUCUUCUUGCUCUUCUCUGCUUCGGGGUGGACGUCGGUGAGGGCGAGUCACCAAGAGGGGAAAGAGAAAGAGAGCGUACCCACACGGGAUGAAUUAGGAGAGGAGCGGCUGGGAGGUGGUGGAGGAGGAGGAGGUGGGGAAGGGGAGGGGUGUGGAGCUGGAGAGGCAGCGGUGGAGUGGGGCGCACAAGGCAACGGCGGCGGCCAAGGAGGAGGAGGAGUGGGCACACUUUUGCUGAGAGGAGCUCCUUUCACUUGUAUAGGACACGGGUCCCCUCUCCAUACUCCACGUAGUGUCCUUUACCCAUUCCCUUUGCCCCUCGCACACAAACUCCCUGCUCCCUUUUACUACGAGCCAUCACCACCAUUUUUUCCCUGUAUCCUACUUUUGGGCACCUUGGGGGUCUUUUGUUUUUUUAUUUUUUUUCCAACACUAGAAAGGGAUCAGGGAGGGGUGUCAGUUGACAUGUUUCUUUGGCUCCCACACAUGGAAACAAGCCGUCUGUGACUAGUUGUUGGCAAGCAAGGAGCACGCACCUCGUCAUUUCAAUGAAUAACCUCGUGGAAGGAUCACUCCACAACCAGCCCAGGAGACAGACUACUGGAAAGUAUGAUGAUCAUGGAAACAGCAAUGGCAGUCAUGUAAAGAUCUUCUUGCCCAAGAAGCUGCUUGAAUGUCUACCAAAAUGUUCAAGUUUACCUAAAGAGCGGCAUCGUUGGAACACCAAUGAGGAAAUCGCAGCUUAUUUAAUAACGUUUGAAAAACACGAAGAAUGGCUAACGACCUCCCCUAAAACAAGGCCACAGAAUGGUUCCAUGAUCUUGUACAAUCGAAAGAAGGUGAAAUACCGGAAAGAUGGAUAUUGCUGGAAAAAAAGGAAAGAUGGGAAAACAACAAGAGAGGAUCAUAUGAAGCUCAAAGUUCAAGGAGUUGAGUGUCUCUAUGGCUGUUAUGUCCACUCCUCCAUCAUACCAACUUUCCACAGAAGGUGUUAUUGGCUUCUUCAGAAUCCAGAUAUUGUAUUGGUGCACUACUUGAAUGUUCCUGCCAUCGAGGAUUGUGGGAAGCCGUGUGGUCCAAUUAUAUGCUCACUCAACACUGACAAGAAAGAGUGGGCGAAAUGGACCAAGGAGGAACUAAUAGGACAGCUGAAGCCUAUGUUUCAUGGUAUUAAAUGGACAUGCAACAAUGGGAACAGCAGUUCAGGGUUUUCUGUGGAGCAGCUUGUUCAGCAGAUACUCGACAGUCAUCAGACCAAACCACAGCCUCGGACGCACAACUGUCUCUGCACUGGCAACUUAGGUGCAGGUAGCAGUGUGCACCACAAAUGUAACAGUGCCAAACAUCGCAUCAUCUCACCAAAGGUCGAACCAAGAACAGGUGGUUACAGUGCUCAUUCAGAGGUACAAAACAAUGAUGUUUCUGAAGGCAAGAAUGAACACAGUCAUGGAAAGUCAUCAAGUCGUGAGAAGAGAAAUGGCAAAAUGGCCAAACCUGUACUGCUUCAUCAAAACAGCACUGAGGUUUCUUCAACAAAUCAAGUAGAAGUUCCUGACACAACCCAGAACUCUCCUGUCUCCAUCAGCAGUGGCCUAAAUAGUGAUCCAGACAUGGCUGAUAGUCCUGCAGUUACUGGUGUCUCUAGCAUGGCUGUUGCAUCAGUGAUGGGUAGUCUGUCUCAGAAUGCCACCGUGUUUAUGUCUGAAGUUACGAAUGAAGCAGUGUAUUCAAUGUCUCCAAACACUGGUCCCAAUCAACAUCUUUUGUCCUCAGAUACAUCUACCCAGGGACUAGUACUGGCUGUAAGUUCAGAUGGUCACAAGUUUGCCUUCCCUACAACAGGGAGCUCUGAUAGCUUAUCGAUGCUGUCUGCUAAUGUUGCUGAAGAGCUUGUGCUAUCCACCACUCUUGAUAGCAAUCGAAAGAUACCUGAAACCACUAUGAAUUUUGAUCCUGACUGUUUCCUCAACAACCCAAAACAAGGGCAAACCUAUGGUGGAGGCGGCCUCAAAGAAGACAACAUUUGUACCAACAUGAGAAGAUCAUCAAGCACAGACCGCAGUUUCAGUUUCAAUGCAGCUUUAGCAAAAGAAAUUAAAACAGAGGACACAAGCUUUGAACAGCAGCUAUCGAAGGAAAGUUACCCAUCCACCUCAUCAAACACACUUACCUUGACUCCAGGUUCUAGUUUGCUCCCAUCUGGAGGAGGCCUUAGUCCAAGUACAACUUUAGAGCAGAUGGAUUUUAGUGCCAUUGAUUCCAACAAGGACUAUACAACCAGCUUCAACCAGGCAGUGCAGAGUCCUCACGUUCAUCAGACACCUUCCCCAAGCUUCUUUUUACAAGAUGCCAGCAAACCUAUUCCACUGGAACAAAACCCCCACAAUAAUCUAAAUGACACAAACAGCGCUUAUGUCAACACCCUAGGAAUUCCAAAUGUUAAAACAGAAGCAUCUUCCCAGACAGCAAGCAACUGCAAUGGUACUAUAGACCAAGCUAGGAUAGAAUCAACAUCUUCUCUCCAGCUGAUGCAAUUUCAGGCAAACUAUCAGGCAAUGACUGCUGAAGAGGUUCCUAUGGAGACAUCCCAGCAGACUGAGGGAAAUGGCAAUUUGCUUAAGCCAGCUGACCUUCAAGCCUGCAGUGCAGAGCACUAUAUGCAGUCUGAUAACAAUGCUGGUAUGAGGAAUGGUGGCAGUUUGCCUAUUCUGCAGGGAAACAUGGUUCAAGGUCUCUAUCCUGUUGCACAUCAGACUAUAAGUAACUCUUCCAACAUGGAGCUCAAUUUAGACCAUUUUGAUAUCUCCUUCAGCAACCAGUUCUCAGACCUUAUUAACGAUUUCAUAUCUGUAGAAGGUGGGGGUAACACAAUCUAUGGACAUCAGCUUGUGGCAGGAGACAAUAAUGUGUUACCUCAGUCAGAAGAUGGUAACAGGCCUGCUUACUCUCAUGCUGAAAUGUGCAUACCCUGCUGUAGCCCUCAACAAGCAAGUAUGCAACUCAGCAGUGCUGACACUGGGGUAACUACAAUGGCUUAUAUGCAUGUGGCGGAGGUGGUUUCAGCAGCACAAAGCACCCUGGGAAUGCUGCAACAGAGUGGGCGUUUGUUCAUGGUGACAGAUUACUCCCCGGAGUGGUCUUACCCUGAGGGAGGAGUGAAAGUCCUAAUUACAGGCCCCUGGCAGGAGGCUAGCAAUAACUACAGUUGUCUGUUUGAUCAGAUCUCAGUGCCUGCAUCUCUUAUACAGCCUGGUGUACUGCGAUGUUACUGCCCAGCACACGACACUGGCUUGGUUACUCUUCAGGUUGCCUUCAACAGCCAGAUUAUCUCCAACUCUGUUGUUUUUGAAUAUAAGGCAAGAGCGCUGCCAACACUGCCCUCUUCUCAGCACGACUGGCUCUCCUUGGAUGAUAACCAAUUUAGAAUGUCAAUCCUGGAACGUUUGGAGCAGAUGGAAAGGAGAAUGGCUGAGAUGACAGGCGCUCAGCAACAUAAGCAGAGUGUUGGAGGAGGCAAUGGUGGUGGAGCCAAUAGUGGAGGAAACCAAGCACAAUGUGCUGCUGGGACUGGCUCCAUAGGAAGCUGCUUUGAAAGCCGAGUGGUGCUUGUUUGUGAGAAGAUGAUGAGUCGAGCUUGCUGGGCAAAAUCCAAGCACCUGAUCCACUCCAAGACUUUCAGAGGGAUGACGCUUCUGCAUCUUGCUGCUGCCCAGGGUUAUGCCACGCUUAUUCAGACCCUAAUCAAAUGGAGAACAAAACAUGCUGACAGUAUUGAUUUGGAAUUAGAAGUAGAUCCUUUAAAUGUUGAUCAUUUCUCGUGUACUCCUCUGAUGUGGGCUUGUGCUCUUGGCCAUACUGAAGCUGCUGUAGUGUUAUAUAAAUGGGAUCGGAGGGCUAUCUCCAUCCCUGAUUCCCUUGGCAGGUUUCCCCUGUCCAUUGCACGCUCUAGAGGCCACGUGAAACUGGCUGAAUGCCUUGAGCAGUUACAGCGGGAGGAACAGUCACAAAUGGUUCAGAAUCCCAGGAUACAAUGUUCACCAAGUCAAGACACUAGUACAGACAGUUGGUUAACCCAGUGGCAGAGUGAUACAAUUGGCUCUCAAGAGUCCCAGAAGGGAGUUACAAUUAUUUCUAAUGUCAAUACAGAGCUACGCCGUCCACGAUCAGAACCUGCAAAUUACUAUAGUAGUGAAAAUCCAAAAGAUUACCCAGCAGCAAAAAAACACAAAUUAAACCCUGAAUAUUUUCAAGGGCAUCAGGAGACAGUCAUUUCAACUGUCCUAAGCUUGGAGCAGUCAUCUACCAGAAAGCAAGGCUCUAGCACCAAGCAAUCUCUGCCAGAAGCACUUUCCCAUAAUGAGGGCAUGCGUGACUUCUCCAGGGACCUGCCACCACGUGCUCCUGAUACUUUUACAAACAAAGCCACUACAGGACUGAAAUGGAAGCCAAAAGAUCUUUACCUCGGUGUGUCAGCUGUACAGUUGAGUGGAGCACCCAAAACAUCUGCUUUGGGGAAGGAAAUCGUAGGCCACAAACUGCGGCAAAGAGAACAGAUGAAUGUAUUAAUGAUGUCGGAAAGGGAAAUGGUAGAUGCUGAAUUAAUGUCCUACAGAGAAAACCUGGAGAAUGAUGACUGCUUACAGCACAUGGAUGACAUACAGGUAAAUAUGAUGAAUCUGGCAGAACAGAUUAUUGAAGCAACACCUGAGAGGAUCAAGAGGGAGAACUUUGUUCCGAUGGAGUCGUCAGAGGCAGAGAGGGCAGACUCUGCAGCAUUUAGCACCACCAUGAGCUGGCUGGCCAGUUAUCUUGCUGAUGUUGAUCACUUACCUAGUGCUGCACAAAUACGGUCCCUCUACAAUGAACCUCUGACUCCUUCUUCAAAUACCAGCUUAAGCCCUGCUUGUUCCCCACUUAGUCAGACAACAUUUGAAAAGCCCAGUCUACCGUCUGCUGCUGACUGGUCUGAGUUUCUCAGUGCGUCCAACAACGAAAAGGUGGAAAAUGAAUUUGCCCAAUUGACUCUUUCCGAUCAUGAACAGCGAGAGCUAUAUGAAGCCGCAAAACUCGUCCAGACAGUAUUCCGGAAAUACAAGGGUCGUCCUCUGAGGGAACAGCAGGAAGUUGCUGCAGCUGUCAUUCAGCGCUGUUACCGAAAAUACAAACAGCUUACAUGGAUAGCCUUGAAGUAUGCACUUUAUAAAAAGAUGACACAAGCUGCAAUCCUCAUCCAGAGCAAAUUUCGAAGCUAUUACGAGCAGAAGAAAUUUCAGCAGAGCCGACGUGCCGCGGUGCUAAUCCAGCAGUACUACAGGAGUUACAAAGAAUGUGGCAAAAUGAAGCAAAGGCGUCGGACAGCUUCUCUUGUGCAACAGAAACUGAGAAGCAGUUUGUUAACGAAAAAGCAAGACCAAGCUGCACGGAAGAUAAUGAGGUUUUUACGCCGCUGCCGUCACAGCCCUCUGGUGGACCAUAGACUGUACAAAAGGGAUCUGAUUGAUUUUGGAGCAAACAUGUGUGUAUUAAAUUGCAGAGAGAUGUGCCAUUCUUAUUGGGCCUCUCUUUCUUUUUUACUUUGCAUCCCUAAUGAGAUUUCGGGAAAGUGGCAAGAUAAGACAUUUCCUAAAUUUCCCACAGGCCCUUUCAGCUCUAAGAGCAGCAGAGCGAAAGAAUUGAAAAAGGCCAAGGAACUUGAAGCUGCAAAGCAACGUCCCUUAGCAAUGUGACAGUGCUUUUCAGACUGUUCUCAUUUUCUGUUUUUAGCAGAGACAUGCAACAAAAUAAUAAUUAUUAAAAGAAAAAAAAAACACUGCAGUUUUCGACAGAUCACCUGCAGGAUUUUAACAGUAAUCUUUUGGUCAUUGCAUUUGCACUUUCAUGGACAAAUUUUGCUUUGUUCAGCAAGACAUCUUGAAAUUUAAUCUUCUGUUGAAUUGUGGGAAACAAAAUGGCGCCAGGAAGAGUUUGAAAGUAGCUCCAAUCUCUAAAUUGGGAGCUGUGUGAAUCACAUAGGGCUGAUUUCAAACAACGUGUGGAACUGUACAAAUAUUAUACCAAAAAAAAGAAAAAAUACUAAUGAUAUAUAAAUAUAUAUAAAAAUAUAUUGAGGAAAGGUGGAAAUGCACAAGCAACACAUGAAUGUUUAACCCAGAGCCAACAAUCACUCCCAAGGAACUAAGCCCAUGGAAAACCUGAGGUCAGGAGGACAAUGGAGAGUUUGGAUCAUAUCCUUUUAAUGUUUUUCCUACGCUUUAAUCGUCAUUACUGGAGGUGCCUCUUCUCCUCGAUGCAUAUCCCAUAUAAAAUAUGCAAUAUAUAUGCAUAUCUAUAAUUAGAUAUCUUAACGCUUAGGCUGUAGCAAAAUAACAUAUGUUUAGCAAACAUAUGUCCCGUAAUUCUAGAUUUUUCUUAAAAUGUGUUAUGCUUUCUAUGUGGUUUAGGUGCCCAGUAUUAUGAGGAGGAACACAUAUUUACCAGACACAAUGGUAGCCUUCUCUGUCUGACUUUACUUCCCUGAAUGGUUUCUAAUGGGCAACAACCUGCCUGUCACCCAGUAUUGUAUAUAAACAUAUCUAUGCAUAUAUGCGUUAUAUUUUGUGCAAAACCCACUAUAUAUUUGCCAAGGUCGAUGCAAACAUUAUGUAGGCGAAACAUGUUGCUUUUAAGCGAGCUACAUGUUUGGCAGGUAGUAUCUCUUGUGCGAAAUAGAGUCACAUCGCAAAAUGGUGCAUAGUAUGGUAAGUAUGCUUACACUCUUUUAGAUUGAAAUCCUCGAAAGAAUCUAUUUGCAGAAUAAAUCAUUGUCCUCCACACCUAUGCCACUAAGAGAGGACCGAAAGGUGUCCAUGUCUCCUGUAGUGUUCUGAAAUCUCCUCUUCUUAAAAGGUGGACACAAAUAUGUAUUUUGAUGAAUAAAUUAUAAUGCACAAUUGUAAAUGAAGAUAUACGCUGAAGUAAGCAGGAAGACGCUGCUAUAAAUGUUGUCUGUUUUAUUUUUCUAAGUUUUUUCUUUUCUCGAUAGCAGAUUCAAUGAUAAUUAUAGUCCAUAUACCUAUAAGCCUAUUUCAUAGUUAAUAAAAAUAACAGAGCACCCGUAAAGACCCAAACACUUUGCAAUGGUGUGCUGGGUAACGCUCUGGCAUCCAAGUAGUUCCCCAAAAGGGUUGCAUUUACAUUGCCUGAACAUUUUACCACCUCAGAAUCAAUGUGGUGCUGCGUGCUGGCCAGUUAAGAUUCUAUUUAGGCUAUCUCAUCUCAAAUCGGAGCAAAAUUUGUAUAUAUAAGGUUGGAACGGAAAUUUUAAAGAAAUAGUUUAUUCUUGAAAGAGAAAGCUUAUUUCAGUGUGGGUCAAUAACAUGGCUGGAGGACAUUAAUAUUUGUAUAGUUUGCUGGAAUGAAUUCAAAGGUGUGGAUGUACUGUUUGUAUAUACUGUAUAUAGAUUUAAAACAAAUCUGUGCAUGAACUUACGAACACAAAAGAAAUGAAAAAAAGCAAAGCAUUAGUGGCUAUGGUCUGUAAAAUGAAACAACAUUUUAUUUCACGAUAAGAAUAUUUUAUUUUAAAUGUUCUUUAGAAGAACAUGUUGCUAAAGCAUGAUUAAUCUGCAAAAAAAAAGAGCUACAGUAUUUAGACUUAGAAAAAAAGCCGCAUAACAUUAUUUAAAAAAAAGAUAUGUUUACAUUUGAUUUAUAGCUACCAAAAUAUUUCAUUUCAUUCGUUUUUCCUUUCUAUCUUUUUUUUUCUUCGCCAAUGGUGCCAAGUAAUGUGAAUGCUAUAUCGCUUACAGUUAAGUUGCAUUUGCAAAGCAGAUACUCAUUUAAAAAAAAAAAAAAUAAUUAAAAAAGUAUAUAACUUUAAAACCAUAUGCUCACUCCAGUAAAGAACACAUAGAAAUAAAUCAUAUAAAAAAAAUUUAAGAAAAAAAAAUGAAAUAGUCUGAAAGUAGAAAAAAUAUGUUUCACAUUUUCAUAUCUCCCCGCUGGAAGUUAGAAAAUGUCAAAUAAUUGCACAUAAAAAAAUAAAUAAAAGUGUUAAAAUCUUAAAAAAAAAAAAAAAUAAGUAAAUAAAAAAUGCAAACUGGUCUUGUAGGGAACUCAUGGUAUUAAAUUAUUUCCACACAGAAAUAAGCCAAAGUGAUCGUAUAAUCUGAUAUCUGAAUGGAAUAAAUCAGACAAUAUGCGUGGUACAGUAUUAAAGCAGGCUUGCGUUGAGCUUUUACGAUACAGUCGGCCUGAUAAGUGAUUGUAGGGGGAGACGGUACCAGUCAGGGUUAUUAGCGAUUUCCCCUCUACUCUACUGUGCAGUUUCUACUGUAUAAUUUUUUUUUUAUAUACUGAGACGUAAAAUGUAAACUAUAAAACAAUGUGCAUAUGUAAGAAACUUUUUCGGAGGUUGCUACAGACGAAGGUUUGAUAAUACUGAGGUCAGUACUCUUGUUGCCUUUUUUAAAAGAAAACUGUUCAUUUUCUUUCACAUGAUAUGUACAGAUAGGAAGAAAAAGAAACAAACAUUGAUGUAUAGGUUAUAUACUGCUCACACGAUCACGCACAAUGCACCGUUAUGAAUAGUCUGUACAUUUUAAAAAAUAAAAAAUUCUAUACUGCUCUUUUUUGACGGAACAUUGAGUGUUCCGAGAGAAGAAUGUAUUUUACUAUGUGUUUGACGAGGAACCGGGAGAGGAAAAGCCUUUUUUUGGAAUAAGCGACACUGCUCUUAUGUAUUGACAUUAGCACAGAUUUUGGAAUUUUGUUAUCUAGCAAUGUAAAUUUAUAUUCCAUUUUUUCAUGAGGAAUGUACCUACUUCUCACCCUGGCAAGAGUACUGGUCUCAGUUUUAAUGCGGUAUCCGCUGUAUAUUUGUAUUAAAAAGGUUUAUGUUGUGCAGUAUGUCCAUAUGUUCUCUAAAUCUGUAACAUGCAGGGCCUUUUAAGUCACUGAAUUUAAGAAAAAAAGCAGUCAUGAGACCUGUUGUAUGUCAUGAGAGGCAUCGUUCCGGUCACAUGAAGAAUGUCAGUGAUAAAGCCAACAUUUGUGAUAGACCUACCCACGACUGUGAAUUUUGGAUAUGAAUGUAAGAUACAUACAUGUACACAGUUUACUUGGAUGGUAUAUGUGACAAUUCCCAAGUGCCAGGAGUCUGUCAUAUAAUGUAACUGUUAAACCUUAUCCUGUCUCUCAUUGUUUUAUUUUUUGCUUCUGAUGUGAACAUUAAAAAAAAACAACCAUCUGUACUGUGUGAGAGAAAUAAAGAAUAUAACGUGAAAUCCCUACAUGGUUGCACGCUUAACGGCAGUUCCACACAGUAGUUGGCGCCAACGGGAGUCCCCAAGGCUUGCAUGUAAAGCUAGUAUAGAUGUCUCUUUUUUUGUAAGUUUUAUUUUUGUAAUUGUGCAUGUAAAACAUCACUGAAAUCAAUGGAACCGUUGAAGAAUUCAGCUGCUGGAACCAUGCAAAAUGUUUUGAAUUGCCCUUAAACUAUGGAAAAUGUUUUCUGAAUGCUUUAUAUUCUUUCUGCUGUAAAUUAAAAAUUAAUUAAAUUU